AUGGAAGACACGCUGCAGCAGCAGCAGCAGACGUUUGCCCACCCGUCGGGCUACGACGCGUCCAUGAACGCCGCUAUCGUUGCGCCACCGCUACCGGACGCCGUGUCUCAUCCGUACCAGUCGCAUCCGCAGCAGUACCCGCAGCAGCAUCAGCAGCAGCAUCCCUUGUACCCGUCCCCGCAGCCCUUGUACCACCCACAGCAGCAACAACAACAGCAGCAGCAGUUGAACGCCUACAGCUUGGCCCCGCCCCCUGCCCUGCCGCUCAAAGCUCUGUCGAAUGACGAACGCGCGACGCACUUGAUGGCUGCGUGCGAGUCCUGUCUCGUGGUCACGCGCGUCCCGGGCGUCGACAUGUCGUUCCGGCGCAUUAUGGAGCGCAAGUGCCCGCGCUGCAGCGGCUCGUUGGUGCUGCCCCAGGAGGUCAUGGAGAUGCUCAUUUUGUACGGCCACUUCGUGUCCGAGUCGGCCGUCGUGACGCUCUUACUGGGCACGAUGGUGCUCCACCCGUCGCUGCGACCGGACUUUAUGGCCGCAGCCAUGAACGAGCUGCUGACGCCUUUGCAGACGGACUUUGUCUAUGACGUGGCGGUGCCUAAGCGGCCGGAAGGACUGGGCAUGUCGCUGCGCAUGAAUCAAGGAAGUCUUGUUGUGGGUGGCUUUAUCGACUUUGAGAACAACAGCGAGAGUCCAUCUGUGGCUGCCCGGAUCAUCGCGGUCGACGACGUGCUGGUCGCGAUCAACAAGAAGUCCAUCACAUCCUGGUCGUUUGAAAAGAGCAUCAGCAUGCUGGCUCAUGCGGCGUCGCCAGUGUACUUGACGUUUCGACGGCGUCAAGCAGUCAUGCUGCUGUAG